CCGGAUAGGCUGCAAACCCGGAAGUAAUACGGCUUCCAGCAAGCUGCUUGUGUGUCACAGAAAUUAUGAUAUUCUGUGAUUAUUUAUGCUGAAACUCUUCGUUAUUUAAAGCAGUCAGCUGAGCUAAACAGACAUUAGUCGUUUUGGGGCACGAAGGGACCGUUUUCCGGUCGUGCUUGUUUGUUGUCGCCUGUGAGCCGGACGUCCGUCGUCUGUGUUUACCGUCGUUUCGCUUGUUCGUCUGUCAGCUGGCCGGAGUUCAGGAUGGACGGUGAGGCUGACGGCUCGGUGGCGGCGUCUGAGGACCCCGGGAGGAGGCGAAGGGUGCACGGCAUGCUGAAGCUGUACUACGGGCUGAACGAGGAGGGAAAGGCCCCGGAGCAGCCCGAGUCUCUGGAUCCCUGCGACAUCAACGGGCCGCAUUUCGACCCGGAGCUCUACCUGAACAAGCUCAGAAGGGAGUGCUCUCUUGCGGAGUUGAUGGACCAGGAGACCUGUAUGGUGAAGCAGAUCCGCUCUCUGGACAGUGACAUGCAGACGCUGGUGUAUGAAAACUACAACAAGUUUAUUUCUGCUACAGACACCAUAAGAAAGAUGAAGAAUGACUUCAAAAAGAUGGAAGAUGAAAUGGAUUGUCUGUCCGCUAACAUGGCAGCCAUCACUGACUUCAGUGCUCGGAUCAGCGGCACUCUUCAAGACCAGCACACACAGAUAACAAAACUGUCAGGGGUUCACACUCUGUUGAGGAAGCUUCAGUUUCUGUUUGAGCUGCCUGCGAGGUUAAAUAAGUGCCUGGAGCUGCAAGCCUAUGCUCAGGCAGUGAGCUCCCACCGCCGUGCCCGCUGUGUGCUGCAGCAGUACAGCCACCUGCCCUCCUUCAAGGGAAUUCAGGAUGACUGUCAUGCCAUCAUGGACAAGCUGGCACAGGAGCUUCGACAGAAGUUCAGGGAUGGUGGGUCAAGCGCCAAAGACUUAUCAGAGUGUGUGGAGCUGCUUCUACAAUUGGACGAGCCGGCAGAAGAGCUCUGUGAUAAAUUCCUGAGCCAUGCACGGUCUCGCCUCGAGUCAGACCUCCAGGGCCUGGAAGCAGAGAUAAGACCAUAUCCAGCCACGUCAACCUUGAAAGAUGCAUCUGCACGCAGGUCAUCCUCCACUGCUGCUGUCGGAUCUCCGACUGAUAGCUCCCCUAAAACAAGCUCUCUUCCUUCUCCCUCCUCAAACACUGACAUCCUGGAGUUCAUAGACAGAGGCUGCAAUGAGUUUGUGAGCAGCUUAUGUUUAGUAAUUACGUCCUAUCAAGAACUGUUUAUUAAUCACGCUCAAAAAGGUGAGCUAGCAUCCAAAAAUAUUCCUCAGAUGGCGAAUGGCAAGCUGCACACCUUUGUGGAUGAUCUUGCUGCUCGGUACUUCUCGCUUGUGGAGCGGAGGAUACAGGAGGAGAAAGGCGUUGGAGAUAACUCCCUCCUGGUUCGCGCACUCGACCGCUUCCACCGCAGGCUGCAGGCUGUGGCCAAGCUGCUGCCAGGCUCAGCAGUACCAAACCAAGGGACUGAGAUUGUGGUACGGGCGGCGACAGAGCGGGUCAAGCAGUACCUCUGCGCUCUGCAGAGCUUCUACAUGGACAGCCUGACGGACGUGAGGCAGGCCCUGGCGACACCUCGGCUCUCUGUGGCUGGUGCUUCAGUGGCUGGAGGCGGAGCUCAUCUCGGGGGUCCGGCCUCUGGGAGAGACGCUCCGACCAGCCUGCCAGAGCUGCUCUCCUCCCUGUCGGCCUCGAUUCUCAAUCAGAUUAAAUCAGUGUUGGCGUCAGUGCAUCUCUUCACAGCGAAGGACAUUACGUUCUCCAACAAGCCGUACUUCAAGGGGGAGUUCUGCAGCCAGGGUGUACGUGAGAGCCUGGUGGUGAGCUUUAUCAAGUUCGUGUGUCAGUCUUCUCGCCAGUUUUGUGAAAGCGCAGGAGACAAAGGAGGUUCGACUCCUCCAGCCCUUCUGUUGCUGCUGUCUCGCCUCUGCUUGGACUACGAAACCUCGACCAUCUCCUACAUUCUGACGCUCACAGACGAGCAGUUCCUUGUGCAGCACCACAGUCCUGUAACUCCUGUCACCACUCUGUGUGCAGAAGCCAGGGAGGCAGCACAGAAACUACUCAACCAUUAUGUCAAGGUUCAGGGCCUGAUUAUCUCCCAAAUGUUAAGAAAGAGCGUCGAAACACGAGACUGGGUGAACACCAUCGAGCCACGAAAUGUCCGUGCUGUGAUGAAGCGAGUCGUAGAGGACACCACCUCGAUUGAUGUGCAGGUGGGUCUUCUGUAUGAAGAAGGUGUGAGGAAGGCGCACAGCAGUGACUCCAGCAAAAGGACUUUCUCCGUCUACAGCAGCUCCAGGCAGCAAGCUCGCUACGCUGCCAGCUACACCCCAAGUGCUCCCAUGGAUACCAAUCUGCUGAGCAACAUACACAAGCUGUUUUCCGAGAGGAUUGACAUCUUCAGCUCAGUGGAGUUCAACAAGGUCUCCGUGAUGACGGGAAUCAUCAAAAUCAGUUUAAAGACUUUCCUGGAGUGCGUCCGCCUGCGCACCUUUGGCCGUUACGGGCUGCAGCAGAUCCAGGUUGACUGCCACUACCUGCAGAUGUACUUAUGGCGCUUCGUCUCCGACGAGAACCUCGUUCACUUCCUGCUGGAUGAGAUCGUGGGGAGCUCCGCCCACCGCUGCCUGGAUCCGGCCCCGAUGGAGCAGAGCGUGAUCGAAGUCAUCUGUGAAAGAGGUUGAAACUUGAAGUGCAAAACAGCAGAAUUACAGAAAACACUGGAAUCAUGCAUCCAGUCCAAACACUUUUCCUGCUACAUUUACUAAUGUUAAAAUUCAGAUUAUACUGUGAAAAUGUUGUACACACUCGAUUAAUGCUGUCGUAUUUGUUGGAAAUCAGCUGAACCUUAAUGAUUACAAUUCUCAUGAUCUAAAAUAUGAAACUGCAUCAACAGAUAUUAACUUUUGGGUUUGACACAGGAACAGCACUGUUACCGCUCCAAACAUAUCAGUAAUUCUUCUAACUAAAAAUUAAACCACAACAACACUCGGCUCUUAUUCUGAUAAGAAACUGAAGUCACUGACUGACGGUGAAUUCACAUCCCAGACCCUGUAAUCAAAGCCCACAUGAGCCUGAAGUUCUUUGGUUUAAUAUUAAAGCUGUCAUUUACAAACCAUAAAAUCCAGCAGAAUAAAUCAUUUUACCUGCUCUGAAAGGACAGAUAGAAACACAUGAAUUAAUCAGCAGACAAGCCGAACUGUUUUAGCACAUCGUCCCCUCGAAGGAAACUUGUUGGAUGUGAAAACGGAAUAUUAAUGACUAAAGAGAAAAGCUGUGUCCUGUGGAAGUCUCAUGUAUUAAUAAAUCUUUUGAAGGGGGUCUUUUUGCUGAAUAAUUUGAAUGUCCUCUGAUUAUAUAAUCUAUAUGUAACACUACCUGAUUUUUGCCUUCGGUUGAUUCUCGGUUUUCUGUGCUCACCUGCACGGACGCAUAGUAUGUUGAGGAACGGUUUAAUAGUUUGUCCUAAAAUAAAAGUGUAUGAAUGUGGGAUUCAAAAA